AUGUCUUCCUUCGCUGUUCGCUCUGCUCAGGCUCUCCGUUCCGCCACUCGCCGUGUUCCCCGUGCGGCUGCAAAAAUUCCAAUGUCUGCCCAGACUGCGUCGUACUCCUUGCUCGCGAGGAAUGCGAUGUCAGUGUCCCGACGUGAUGUACCGCUCACGCGUGGAAUGAAGACUUUGGACUUUGCUGGCACUAAGGAGGUCGUCUACGAGCGGAGCGACUGGCCCCUUGCCAAGCUCCAGGACUACUUCAAGAACGACACACUCGCUCUUAUUGGCUACGGCUCCCAGGGCCAUGGUCAGGGUCUCAAUGCGCGCGACAAUGGCUUGAACGUCAUUGUUGGCGUUCGUGAGGGCGGCGAGAGCUGGAAGCAGGCCGUGGAGGACGGCUGGGUCCCCGGAAAGACCCUCUUCCCGAUUGAGGAAGCCAUCAGUCGUGGCACCAUCAUUAUGGACCUUCUCUCCGACGCUGCCCAGUCGCAAACAUGGCCGAAGGUUGCACCGCUGAUCACCAAGGGCAAGACGCUCUACUUCUCGCACGGUUUCUCCAUUGUGUACAAGGACGACACGCACGUCAUCCCUCCUCCUGACGUCGAUGUGAUCCUCGUUGCGCCCAAGGGAUCUGGCCGGACGGUCCGCACCCUCUUCAAGGAGGGCCGUGGCAUCAACUCCAGUAUUGCCGUAUGGCAGGACGUGACUGGCAAGGCCAAGGAGAAGGCCGUUGCUAUUGGUGUUGCCAUCGGCUCCGGCUACAUGUAUGAGACGACCUUCGAGAAGGAGGUUUAUUCGGACCUGUACGGCGAGCGUGGUGUUUUGAUGGGUGCCAUCCAAGGAUUGUUCUGUGCGCAGUACAAGGUCCUCCGUGCCAAUGGGCACACCCCGUCCGAGGCCUUCAACGAGACCGUCGAGGAGGCUACCCAGUCGCUCUAUCCGCUCAUUGGCCAGCACGGCAUGGACUACAUGUACAACGCAUGCUCGACUACUGCUCGCCGUGGUGCUCUCGAUUGGGCAAAGGUCUUCGAGGAGACCAACACUCCCGUUUUUGAGAGGCUCUAUGAGAGCGUCCGCAACGGCACGGAGACACGACGCAGCCUCGAGUUCAAUGGCCGUGCGACAUACCGCCAAGAUCUCGAGAAGGAGCUCAAGGAGAUUGACGAGCAGGAGAUUUGGAGAGCUGGCAAGGUUGUGCGUUCGCUGCGUCCGGACAACCUAUCAUAA